AAGUUUCCCAAGUCCCAGCCGCUCACGGGACCGGGAAGGACGGGCAGGGCCUGGGAAGGACCGGCCCGGACGGUGCAGCGGCGGCGGCGGCGGCGGCAGCGGCAGCGGCAGCAGCAGGAGGGACGGAGGGCAGAGCAGGGGCAGCCUCGGCGGCCACCCCGACCGGACUUUAGCAGCGGCGGCGGCGGCGGCGGCGUCCCCCCCACUCCUCCCGGAGGCCAGCCCGGAGGCGGCAUCCUCGCCAUCGACCCUCCCGCUCUUGUCCGAGGCUGAGCCGGGCAGCCCGGGCCCGGGGGAUUGCCUCCUGGGGGGCGGCCGGGGCGGUCGGUCCGUCCCGCGCCCCGGUCCCCCUCCCCUCCCCCUCCGCUUUCAUGCAACGCCUGGUGUCGUGGGACGCGGCAUGCCUCCCCCUGCAGCCCCCGGCCUUUAAAUCCAUGGAAGUGGCCAACUUCUACUACGAGGCGGACUGCUUGGCUGCUUUCACCAAGCUGCACCCGGCCCGGGGCGGGGGGCGUCCGCCCAGCGAGCUGGCCAUCGGGGACCACGAGCGAGCCAUUGACUUCAGCCCCUACCUGGAGCCCCUGGGCGCUCAGCACCCCAACCAGGCCCCGCAGACCCACCACCGGCCCCAGCAGAGCCACCCCCACCACCCCCAUCCCCACCCGCAGCACCCGCAGCAUCCCCACCCGCACCAGCAGCAGCCUCCUGCACCAGGGGGCCACUUUGAGCCACCUCCGGCCUCGUCGUCGUCCUCCUCCUCCUCCUCGUCGUCGUCGUCGUCGUCCUCCUCCUCCUCGACGUCCUCCGCCCCCAGCCACCCGCAGGCCCACCCGCAGGCCCACCCGCACGAUUUCCUCUCCGACCUGUUCUCCGACGACUACGGCAAGGGCGGGUCCGGGGGCAAGAAGCCGGGCCCGGACUACGGCUACCUGAGCCUCGGCCGGCUGGCCACUCCUCCUCCAACGGGCAGCGGCAAGGGCGUUGCAGGAGGGCCGGUCCUGGCAGGAGGAGGAGGAGGAGGAGGAGGAGGGCCGGUCCUGGCAGGAGGAGGAGGCGGGCCGGUCCUGGCAGGCGGCUGCUUCUCGGCCCCGGGGUCCGGUCCGGCCGAGCCCAAGGCGGAGCCCGGCUUCGACCCGUUGGACUCGGGGCCUUGUCGACGGAAAGGCGAGGACUCCCCGGCGGCGGGGCCCAUGUCCGCCAGCUCGCCCUUCGCCGUGCGCUCCUUCCUGGGCUACCAGUCGGUGCCCAGCGGCAGCAGCGGCAACCUGUCCACCUCGUCUUCGUCCAGCCCGCCCGGCACCCCCAACCCGGCCGACCCCAAGGCCGGGGGCUGCUACCCGGGCCCGGGCCCCGCCCCGCCGCCGCCCAAGGCCAAGGCCAAGAAGAGCGUCGACAAGCACAGCGACGAAUACAAGAUCCGCCGGGAGCGAAACAAUAUCGCCGUGCGCAAGAGUCGCGACAAGGCCAAGCUGCGCAACCUGGAGACGCAGCAUAAGGUGUUGGAGCUGACGGCCGAGAACGAGCGGCUGCAGAAGAAGGUCGACCAGCUCUCCCGGGAGCUCAGCACGCUCAGGAACUUGUUCAAACAGUUGCCCGAGCCCUUGCUCGCCUCCUCCGGACACUGCUAGCCCUCCCGCCCCCCCCCCCCCCCCCC